AUGUUCACCUUGUGGCAUAUUCAGUUGUUCAACAGGAAAGACGCCACGUUUCCUCUUCAAAAUCUUCCACAUCUUGCGAUGAAUGAAGUGAUCAAACUAAUGGAUCCUUUGGAGCAGAUCUCCCUUGCACUUCUUUCCAAGAAAAUGAAUACCUACGUGAGGUGCUCAAGACCCCAGAUAGCAGACCACUGUGAAGUUAAUCUUACGGAUGGAAACGCAGUGUUAACGAUUCCAGAAGUAAUUGAAUAUUCCAGAAAGCAGAUAUCUAAUUGGAAUAACAAGACAUCAAUCUUCACCAAUUUUUGGCCUGAUAAUAAGAAAAAGUUAACGUCGAACACAAUGAAAAUAGUCGAAAAAAUCCAAAUGGCUUUUCCAAAAAUAACAUUUUCCCUAACGUUGCAUUCGAAUGACUUGAAGAAUAAUGACAUCAUGGAUGCUCUUUUAAAUAAGACCUGGAAAAAAGUGACAGUUGACGGAGGUGAACUGAAGGCCGACGAUUUGGAUAAGAUUAUGGAAAUGGACAAUUCAAAUAACAAUUUUGUAUUUAAAAAUACAACAUUUCCAACAAAUUAUAGACAUAAAAAUGCAUUCAAUUUUGCCUCCAUCGCGUAUAAUGACGCCCAGUGGGUUCAAAUCGACGACUUGCUCACUUUAACUGAUAAUCAGAUCGUCAGACUUGGCCAAACAGCAUUCGAGCCACAAGAUUUGAAUUUGCUCCUAAAAACUUGGCAGAGAAGUCCACACGACAUGUUCGGAAUCCUGACUCUACGCAAUAAUGAACUAAAUUUGGAUGAAACUUUCAAAGAUUUAGUGACAUUGACAGUGGAACACACGUAUUUUUAUUCUGUGUUGUUAAGUGCUGACAACUCCAGUAAUAACAUAGAUCCUCCGAUUCUUGCAAAGAAAUCGUUGGAAGAUGAGUUGGCCACACUGGACGAAGGGUCUGUUCGAAGAGAUGAAAUCAUCGCAGAAAUCGAAAAUCUGCUGACACAACUUACAAUGGACGAAGUCUAUUUUGAAGAUGGGAAGGCUAAAAUGACAAAUCCGGCUACACUAUACCUAAUAGUACUACAUGUUCAAGCUCGGCACGCUUGGAAAGGAGUUUAA